UGUACAUCGGGUACAGAUGUUUCUGGGCGCUAUGGCACGUGACCUGGACGAUCCUUAGCGGAGUUCUGGUCUACCCAUGGUACUCUAAGGAGGCCAAUAGGGUCACGUGGUUCAUCUAUCUUACCAAUUGGUCUUACCUCUUGCUGACUCUCACCUCAUUGGUCCAGGUGCCAUGUUGUAUUUAUUACAUGACCAAAAUCGAAGGAAUGUCUGAACGCUGCCAGCUCCACGUGGGUGCACUAAGGAGACCAGUAGGGUUACUAUGGUGUCUCUACAACAUUUCAACAUCAGUAGCGAUACUUGUCACCCUUGGCUACUGGCUUCUCAUAUAUUCAGGUGGGAUUGUUUAUCCAGUAGACGCUGCAACUCAUGCGGUCAACAGUGUCUAUGUAAUAAUUGACUUACUAUUCACCGCCAUCCCCGUGCGACUUCUCCACUUCAUCUAUCCGCUCAUUUACGUCAUAAUCUACGCACUAUUCAGCGCCAUCUAUCAAGCUGCGGGUGGCACCAACGCUUAUGAUUUAGAGUACAUCUACAGUGUAUUGGACUGGCGGAAUCCAGGGAGAGCAAUCCUAGUUGUUUUCAUCCUAGGAAUAAUUGUCCUACCUCUACUGCACACUGGGGUCUUCGGUUUGUACAAACUUCGUGUUUUCACAUUUAACAAAUAUUUUCCUGGGAAUAAUGAUGAUAUAGAUGGCGCUGAAAAAUACAGCGUAAAUCAGCAACAGCUAGACCAAAACAAUAAGAGCGGUACAAAUGAAAUGAGUAACCCUGUAUAUCUCAUUUCCUUGACAGAGACAGGAACCGGUGAUAAACCUACGACUAUUUCAGCGUAAUACUGAAUUACCUCACAGACUUCAUCAUUCAACCCUUUUUUGUAAUCAACAAUUGAAGUAUUAUAGAAUUAUUCAGAUGGGAAACGCUGAGAUUACUAGACAAUUAUAUAAUAGUACAGUGCAGUUAUUGUGUAAUUGGAAGUAGUUGUUUUCACUAAGAUCGCUUAUACUGCUGUUAUAUUUCAUAAACGCGUAUGGCAUGCCAAUGAAGAAUUGAACUAUAACACUUCCGUUUUGAGUUCAUGAUUAAAGAUGAAGUGUUCAUAUUUGACAUUGUACAGUCCCA